AUGGCUAUCGAGAAGCGUAAAUCCAGUGGAGAUGCUGGACCACCACACAAAAAGGUCAGGAGCGACCACAACGGCGUGCAUCCAGACAGACAGCGACUUCAGAAUGGUAGUGGAAAGCCACAGGACGGCAAAGAUGGAUUUCUGAACGGAACCAGCUCGAAAGAAGCUCAUUACAAGCAAAAACAACUCAGAGCCGAACGAGUCGCAGCCAAGCCAAAUGCUGAUAAUAUAGCUCGCAGCAAGAAGAUCUGGGAACGGUUGAGGAUCAAGAGUGCUGUGCCCAAAGAUGAACGCAAGAAGCUGGUCGAAGAACUCUUUAGCAUCAUCACUGGCCGCGUCAAGGACUUUGUCUUCAAACACGAUAGUGUCCGAGUCGUUCAAUGCGCGAUCAAGUACGCUACACCAGAACAGAAGACGCAGAUCGCUCAAGAGUUGAAGGGCAGCUAUCGAGAACUAGCUGAGAGCAAAUACGCCAAAUUCCUGGUUGCUAAAUUGAUCACCAGUGACUCGAGCGCAAAAGGCGAGAACAAAGUGCGAGAUGUCGUAGUUCCUGAAUUCUACGGACACGUCAAAAGAAUGAUCCGACAUCCUGAAGCGAGCUGGAUCAUGGACGACAUAUACAGGACGAUUGCCUCGCCUCAACAGAAAGCACGCCUGCUGAGGGAAUGGUACGGUGGAGAAUUUGCGUUACAGUCACUACAGAACAAACAUGAAGAAGUUACGGCUGACCUUGCUCAGAUCUUGAAGGAGAGCCCAGGCAAGAAAAGUCCGAUAAUGCAACAGCUAAAAGAGAUGACGAACCAGCUGGUGCAGAAAAAGACCACUGGGUUCACCAUGCUACAUGACGCGCUGCUGCAGUACUUCCUCAACUGUAACGUCGGAAGUCCUGAGCACGGUGAGUUCCUCGAGAUGUUACGAGACGACGAAGAAGGCGAUCUAUUCAAGAACUUGGCGUUUACAAAAUCCGGCUCAAGAAUCGUAUGUCUUGCUCUGGCAUACGGCAGCUCAAAAGAUCGCCGCGUCAUCCUCAAACACUACAAGACACACAUGAAGCUGAUGGCGGCCGACACAUGGGCUCACAUCGUACUUCUCGCUGCCUACGAAGUAAUCGACGACACCGUCAUGACCGCAAAAGCCAUCUUCCCUGAACUAACAAGCAAAGACCUAGACUCCGAAGCACAACAACAAGAAACAAUGAACAUGGCACUAAACAUCAACGCCCGCAUACCACUGCUCUACUUAAUGGCAGAAGACUCACCAAAAUGGCUCCUCGACACCGCAGACCACGAAAUGCUCAAAGAAAUCCGACAAAUCCGCAAAGAAACCAGCAAAAAAGACCCGUCGACGCGACGCACCGAACUGAACAAAGUACUCAGCCAGCCGCUCCUGGAUUUCAUCGCGUCACAAGCCGAAACACUCCUCCAAUCCAGCUACGGUUGCCAAUUCAUCGGCGAAGUCCUCCUCGGUGCAAUUGGCGACAAACAAGCCUCAUUAAAUACUCUCAGCUCCCUCGCGAUCGAAGAACACACAGCCGAAACACUAGUCACCCCUCACGCCGGCAGACUCUACAAAACACUCGUUCAGGGUGGUCGCUUUGACCCAGUGACCAAGACAGUUACACCGAGCGAUCCACCACUGGGUUUUGGCAAUUUACUCUUCGAUACACUCUCAAGUCACAGUGACGAUACCUUACUCUCCUGGGCGACGAGUUCGAAUUCCUGGUCGUUGGUGGCGAUGUUGGAGAAUGAGCAGUUUGAGCACAAGGAGGACUUGGUCAAGUAUCUACAGACGCAUGCAGGGGACCUACAGUCUCCGAAGGAGGAUGGUGCUGCUAAUGCUGGGACGAAAGUGUUGUUGGAGAGGAUUGGAGGUAGUGUUGAGGGUGGUGGGAAAGAUGCUGAGAAGGAGAGUAAGAGUGCGAAGCAGGAAGACAGUAUAGUGUCAGAGAUGAGUGAGACAAAGGACAAAAAACCAAAGAAGGAGAAGAAGACUACUGGCACGGCAGAUAAUGCUGAGGAGCAGCAACCGAAGAAGAAGAAGAGCAAGAAGUCUGUAUAG